AUGACGAUCGCGACCAACAAUGACAACGGAACUCCAUUGUGGUGUGCAGACUGCGUUGGAGAGAUAUGCGACUUGCGCAAUUCCAGACCGAACUAUGAAGACGGAAGCAUCGAGAUCUGUGAUCCAAAUCGACUCCGACGCCGACCCAGACGACGAGUUCUUUUCGCAGGUCGCCGCCGCCGUCGAGGCCGAAGCUCUCGCCAACAAGCGCCGCCGUGUCGCCACCUCCGCGCCCUCCCCAUACGCCGUCUUGUCGGCACCAUCGCAGCCCCGCGCGCCGCGAUUCGGAAGGAGGUUUCUGACGGCGACGGCGGUCCCUCCCCAUACGCCGUCUUGUCGGCACCGUCGCCGCCCCCGCGCGCGGCGAUUCGGAAGGAGGUUUCUGACGGCGACGGCGGUCUCUACACCGCGGCGCUCAAAGGAAGCCAGAGCGCGUUCUCCGAGCCUCCGCGCGGCGGCGGAGGAUUCAGCAUAGGAAGAGUCGGCGGCGCCGUUGUAAACGACGGCGUUUCGGCCGGCGAUGCUUGCUUUAAGUGCGGGAAGUCGGGACACUGGGCUCGCGAUUGCGAUGCCCCGGGCGGAGGCGGCGGAGGAGGGCAUGGUGGUAAUUACGGCGGCGGAGGAGGUGGCGGAGGGUAUAAUGGUAAUUACGGCGGUGACGCUGCGUCCGGGAUUUCGUUUCCUGAGAAAGCCUGCCCCUGUGGAUCUGGAACCUGCGCGGUGCUCACUGCGAAUACUGAGAAGAAUCGUGGUCGGAAAUUCUACAAAUGCCCACUUAGACAGGAAAAUGGAGGUUGUGGUUUCUUUGAGUGGUGUGACAAUGCUUCUGGGGCUAAUGCCAUGGCUGGUGCUGGUAGUGGUGGCUUUAGUAGGACCCAGAACUAUGCAUCUGAUUCUACAUUUACACCUCUUGAAUGCCCCUGUGGCGGCGGGCAAUGCCGAAUCUUAACAGCUAAGACUGGCAACAAUAUCGGCAGCCAGUUCUAUCGCUGUCCUGGAAAUGAGGGAAGCUCUUGUGGUUUCUUCAAGUGGUGCAAUGAGAAUACUGUGGCAGCUGGUAGUGCUCAAGGUGCGCGAAUCCCCAAGGCGGUUUAUGGUUCGAGCGAGGCAAGCAGCCAAGGAAGCUAUGGUGUUAAGACUGGUUCUUCGUGUUAUAAGUGUGGAAAGGAAGGGCAUUGGGCAAGAGAUUGCUCUGGUCCUUCGAACAAUGCUCAGGUUGAAUUUGGAGGACGGUCUACAUCAACAGGCAGCUGCUAUAAGUGUGGAAAGACAGGGCACUGGGCCAGGGACUGCCCUUCUGGUUAAUAUGCAAUCUGCUGGUGAAGCAGAUUAUAUUUUGUUGACUUCAAUGCUUCUCUGUUAGAUAUUCUCUAGAGUAGUUGUUUCUUAUUCUGAUAUAAGAAACUAGUUGUUUUUGGUUUGUGAGUAUAGUACUGAAGAAGUUGUUGAGCAAGUAAACAUGA